AUGGGUCUUAUGGACGCGGUACCUGUUAAAUGGAGAAAACGUGUUUAAAAAAAGUGCUCAUUACAGGCGUCCUGAAUUGAGGAACACGCUCCACCUAAAAAUUGAUAACGCUGAUGUCGAUCUGUCUUCGGUCAUAUCGAAAUCUCUUUACAACGCAUUCAAAAUGGCGAAACAAACUCCUCCACCGGCUCAAAAGAGGUUUCAGGAUGAGUUUCCCGAUGUCCAAUUUGAUUGGAACUCAAUACAUUCGCUCUCAUUUAAAGUGUCGCUAGAAACAAAAAUUAGAGAGUUCCAAUAUAAGGUUUUGAACAACAUUGUUUUCACGAAUGAAAAGUUAUUUAAAAUUAAGAUGACUGAUUCGCCACAAUGUACCUUUUGCAAAAACGAGAUU